AAACAUUUCCUUAGAUUAACGUGGGUAAAACGUUGUCGUUGGCUAGUUGUGGUUGUGUGGUGUCUUUCUCAGUUUAGUUUACAGCGUGCAGCCUUUACUUUACUUUGAGAGAAGAAAUACCUGAAACUACCAUUUUCCUUCGAUUUCUUUCAACUCUCUCUCUCUCUGCUUCAAACUUCAAACUUCAAAACCAAAUGGCGUCUUUCCACUUAUCUCUUGUUUUCGGUCUCGUUCUUUGCUCCAUUCUCUUACUCAGUCCUCCAGUUAAAUGCGACCAUGAUGAGGAGGAUGAUCUCUAUCAGGGAAUCAACAAGUACCGGGAAUCGUUAAAUUUGACAUCUCUAACAAAGAAUGAAAAUGCAAAUUGCUUUGCUGACAAAAUAGCUGACCAGUUCAAGAAGCAGCCUUGUACAAACACCACAGGUGCUAACACGGUUCCAGGCACCGAGCCUCAGUUCGAUAACUAUCCAAAACUUUUAACUAAAUGCAAGUUGAACAUUUCCAACACAAGGGAUGGAUCUGUAAUGCCUGCUUGUGUUCCUGGCCUGGUUUCCACAGUUGUUCUCACUAAUUUCACUCAAUCUCUCUACUCACAAAAUCUCAAUGACUCUAAGUACACAGGAAUUGGUAUUGGUUCAGAAGAUAACUGGAUUGUUGUGGUAUUGACCACUGACACUUCUGGAGGAAGUUUUGUUCCUGAGGCUGGCAGUGGAUCUAGUGAUGACACUGCUAAUUUGCUUUCCAAAAUCGGUUUGGUUUACUGCUCUAUGCUCCUGUUAGUUGGUAGCGUUUUCCUGUUUUGAACAUGAAGAUGCUGUUCACUGUUCUGAUUUUCUUCCAGUGUAGUCAGUCAGGAGGACAUGCUACCAUGAAGGUUCUACUAAUCUAGUAAUCUGUCUUGGGGAAAGCUGAAAAUAAUGAAGACUGGGGCUUUUUAGAGAAACAUAAAAGGAUUGUGGUAUAAUUGUUGGUUCAGUAUUUAGUAUCCAUUAGAUACUAGAGGAGGAAUAGGAGGAAAAAAGCACUCUUCCUCCGGCUGUUAUCUUAUUGUUAUGAGUUCUGACUAUCUUCAACACUUCUUUGUUUUGUUUGAAAGCCUUACACUAGUAUUUUUAUUUCAAAAUGGAAAUUCUGUUUGCUUAUUUGAUA